UCUACCCUCCUCUCAUUAACAAGGGAUAACCGCUCGACGCUCGAACCUCAACUUUUAUCGUACAUCCUCUUCUGUCAACCCCUAUUCAUUCAAUCCGUAUGAUACAUGUGCGCAUGUUUUAUGAUAAUGAAUGAAAAUUUCUCAAUGUAAGUACGAUGGUUUUUUUUUCAUGAACGGAGUCUGUGAUUGGCGCGAUGCUUUUUCAACUUGUCUCCUUGAUAAACAAUAAUCGCACUAGUUUCUGACCGUCCACUAUAUUGCAUAUGAGUGAUGUAAAACUACCACCAGCGAUGAUCACCAUUAAAUCUAAAGUCAAACCGGACACGGAUAAAGUGGCUGUCAAUGGUUCUGUUGAUAAACGGCCAGUGGAAUCCAACUCAAAUAAAGUGCUGAAGGAUGUGGCCUCCAUUGAUCAUUCUGCGAAGAAUGGUAACUUCUACAAAGACGAUUAUCGCAACAAGACCACAGGAUCGUAUUACAAAGGCAAUAGGGUUUUGAUGAAGAACCGAUCAUAUAGUGGUGAACAUGGAUUUACGUCACGUAAAUAUUAUGAUGACACGUCUAAAAAACGUGAUGAUUCAUUUGACUCCAGAUCUAUGUAUUACCAAAGUUAUCGUAAUGAUUCAUUAAGUAAUAAUGGACAAUCUGAAGACUCAAAGAUAUCAAAAAUUCUAAGGAAAGUAGUGAACGAAGAAGAUACUAGAUCACUUAUAACAUUAUGCAGUCAACUUCAAGAAGCAUUUGUUUUACCUGAGAAUAAGAAAUAUCUAAGACGUGCUACUGAUUUCAUAGUUGAACAUCUUUAUGAAUGUUUUCAUUCAUCUAUUUCGUAUAGUGGAAAAUGUAUAAUUGCUAAAUGUUUAGGAAAGUUUGGACAUGCCUUACAAUAUGACUGUAAAAGAUUCAUUGAUAUGAUGUUUUCCAAAUAUAAUUUAGAACGAAGUAAAGAAGUAAAAACUUUAUUAAUGCUUGCUUUCUAUGAGUUAUCAAUAGAAGAUCAGAAAAAGUCCUAUCUGGAAAGUUUAGCACCGCUUAUACUGGAGAACAUGCACUUGACUUUAGAAUCAAUUGAUUCACCUGAAUUAAUAACAGUUACUGCUGAUGUGGCUAUAAACUUUUCCCAUGUGUACUGCAGAGCUUUCGAACCUUACUUUAAGGAUACAGUAGAUAUAUUAGUUGGUUGGUUUAUAGAUACUUCUCAGUCUACAGAAACAAAUAAACGUAUAUCACAAUGUAUUUUUCGUUUAUCAACUUAUUGGACUGCAGAUAUGAGUUUCACUCUAGGUUUACUUGAACAAUUAUUAGAAGAUAUGUCUUCAAUAUCUGAUAAAUUUGAACAAAACAAAACUGAUGAACCAAAUGGAGAAUUAGAUAAAAUAUUAGCUUACAUUAGAGUAUUUAGUAUUGUUGCUGAGAGCGUGGGAAAACAUUUAAGUCCUAAAAAUUCAUCAGUAGUCUCGUGGCCUUUUUUGAAUAAUGCAUUAAUGACAUUAAUAAAAACAAUGUAUAAAUGUAUAAGUGUUACUGUUGAUGAAAAUAUUAUUGAAGCAGGUAAUAAUUGUAUUUGGUUGAUUAUGGAUAUUCUUCAAACACAAAUGCCACCAAUUAAUGACUUAAUGGUUAAAGUUAUUGAAAAAGAAAUUUUACAUAUUAAUGAAUUUAAGUUAACUGUUAUUGUUUCUGUACUCAGAAUGAUUUCAAAGGUUAUACGAGAAGGAAGUACAAAUUUAUCUAAAGAAUUUAUUGAAAUGCUUUUAUGUGAUAAUUCACAUUUACGUUUACUAAGAUUUUUGCCAUCUGCUAAAUUACAUGACUCACAUAUAGCUCUUUAUCAAAGUUUAUUGAGUAUGAAAAAUGUUUCUCUGGUGCUAAUAGUUUACAGGUAUAUCACUGGAGAUUUAGAAAAAGCUUGUCAAGUAUUAGAUCCUGAUUUACCAUCAUUCUGUUCUGAAAAUCCAUUUAAAGAUGUUAGUUAUACAUAUGAAGAAGCAUCUGUUGUUGUUUUAAUCAUUUUGAAAUCUCUAACAGUUAUCGCCAAUGACAGCAAUUCCAUAAUUGGUAUGUGGGCAUUACAGCCCAGUAUUUUCGAACUAUUAUCAUCAAAAUUAGAUCCAACUAUUAUCAAAAUGAAUGAUCCCCUACGUUUUUCAUUGAUGUUUUUGCUAUAUUCUCAUUGUAAAAAGCAUAAUAAUUUUGUUGCUAGUAGUGGAUUAGUAACUGCUGUACGAAUAAGUGAGAAAUCUCAACAAAAUCUAGAAAUUAAUUCUCACAAAAGUGGAAAUCUUGUAAAAAUUUUAAACAUUUUUGAAAAAUAUUUAAAAAUGAAUGUGAAUAUAGACUGUAAAAUUUUGAUUUUAAAAUGGAUAUAUGAACUACUAAUCCAUGCUGAAAGUGCAAGCUACUUGAAUAUUAUAUUACUUUCACAGGAAAUGAUCUGUAUUGUACGCUCUUUAAUUUAUGUAGGAUCAAAACGAAAUGAUAUUUUAUUAUUAGAAGGCAUUGCACGAAUAUUAAAUGUUAUACUUGGGAGUUCUAAAUUUUGUCAAUCAAAGCCUCUUGUAAUUUUCGACAUUUUAGACUUAUGUCUUUCAUGUUUCAAUUUGACCGAAAAAAAAAUAAGUAAACAAUUCUAUGCCCUAAUUCAUAAAAUACCUCUCAUCUCCAUUUUACAAAAUUUAUCAAUCUGUGCACUAAAACACAAAAGCAAGUUUAAUAAGAAAAUUAAACAAAUUAUGAGUUCAUAUAUGAGACGAAAAACUAUUGUCACAUUACAAACUGAACAUUUCAAAAAUUAUAUGCGUGAAUUGAUUGAACCUCAUACCCAUAAUGACAAUUCGACUAGCUAUUGGUUGUUGGAUGUAGUAAACAGUUGCUCCUUUGAUAAUGAUAGUGGUGAUGUAGAACUUUUAGCCCAUGCUCAACAUUGUCGAGUUUUAUUAUACUUUUGGAUCAAUUGGGAGGCAGCAAAUUUUUGUGUUACAAAUCGUCUACGUACUCCAUUUGGGAAACCAAAUCAUACUUUUCGAGCCAUUGAAGGUGGAAUAAAAUCGUGGGCACGAGAUUCAAUACUGUCAUUAAAUGAUGAUACAAAAUUAAAAAGUACAGAUGGUGAAUUAAAUAAUCUAAGAUACACUAGAAAUUUGGUAGCAUUUAUAGAAUGUUUAGAAAAAUCUGUCUGUAACGCUAUUGAUGGUACUGCCACAGCUUUACCAAUUGCACAAAAACCUGUUAGACAUUUCUUCCAUACAAACCGUAAUACUUGUUAUGAAUGGAAUUCAACAAUUCGUAGUGCAAUGCUUGCUGUGUCCUUAAAUUCUGGCUUAAGCUCUUCAGCUAUCCGCCAUGGUCAAUAUUUGGUUGAAAAUUUAUCAAAACAAAAUGAAUUUUCCAUUAAAGAAUUUAUUUUAGCUUUAAUUCAAUUAGCAUGGGCUUACUAUAAACUAAAAGAAUCUGAUUGUAUUCGUGGGAUUUAUGUAUGGUCUAAAGAAGCUGCACAUUUGAAACUUCCCUUUUUAAAUAUACUUGCAGAUCAAGCUUGCGGAAAAUUUGAAGAAGCUGCUGAAUCCUACAUGCAUUUACUUACAGCAAAUACUGAUAAAAUAAUAAUAAAUCUUAAAGGUGGACCAAUUAAUAAUAUUGAUGGUCCAAUAGAAGUAUUACAAAAGUUUAUUGCUGAACAGUUAAAAGAAUGUUAUAUGUCCAUUUGUGAUUGGAAACCAUUAAUGGAUUGGACACUGAACGAAGAAACCUUAAUAUCAUCAAAUACAAAAGAUAAAUAUUUUUGGCAAAACAGAUAUAUAUCUGCAAAUGACUUACAAAUUAUAAAUGAUGUUGAAGAAGGAAACUACAGUUGUAUUGAUAAUUUAGUUAAUUGGUCUAUUGAUGAAAAUCCAAAAAUUAUAAAAACAGAUUGGAAUUGUUAUGACCUUACAAAUCAAAUUAAAAGCAGACUGAUGUAUGUAGCAUUGAAAACUAAUAUUUCUAAAGGAACAUUAGAUGAUAAAAACAGAUUAAUUGUAGAAGACUGUCGAGAAGUAGUAUUCAAUCUUCUACAAGAAAGUUUAACUGACAGUCUAUUGGAAAACUCUCAAGAAUUAUCUAUACUAUCAUAUGCAAUUAAUUCACUUUUAGAAAAUAGUCCUAUACAAUUUGAUUUGGUAAAUGAUAUAAGCAAUAAAUCAGUCAGAUCCAGUCUAUUAUGCCAUUCUUUGUUUUGGUCUAAACUCUUGGAGAAUCAAUCAUUUUAUUACGAACAUGAUACUCAUCAGAUACCUAAACCAAAGUCUGAUAUAUCUAUUUUAUACUUAAAGUUAGCUCAUAUUGCUCGCAAAGAAGGCAACGUAAAUCUUGCUACACGAGGAAUGCUUCAGUAUUUACGAUCAAAUAGAGAAUAUGAUUUUAUAAACUUACCUUCUAUGGGAAAUAAAUCUGAAUCAAUUUCAUGCAUAUUACAAAAAAUUGGAGAACUACUUGUAGAUGAUUCUAAUGUUGCAUUGUGGCCAAAUAAUCAUGCCUUAGUAGUGCGACAGUUCUCUAAACUUGUUCAUCAUUGUGUUUCUGAAGAAUUGGGAGUAGAAAUGUGCAUGAAAUCUGCUUUUAAACUGUUAGAGCAAGCACAGUUAAAUAAUGAUGAAAAUCUUAAAGAAAAUAGUUCUCGAAUGUUAAUUACCUUAGGAAAAUGGUUAAAUAGCGGAUGUAAUAUAUCUGACAAAUCAAUAAUUAAAUCAUCUAUUGAAAAAUCUAAUAUUUUAUUAAAUUUUUCAAAUGAAAAUUUAUCAAAAACUGGCCAGUUAAUUCGAGAAGUCAUAAAAUCUGAUUAUACACCAGCAAGUGAUAUGGAUGAACAAACAUUAAUGAUUGGUCAACUUUUAAGAAUCUCAGUUUCAUAUUGUCCAUCAACAGCAAAAGCAUGGAAUGAAUUAGCAGGCUGGUGUUAUAAAUUAGGCCGCAAAGUUGUGGAUGAAGCAUACAAACGAAAUAUGUAUUUAUUAAAUGAUUCCGAAAUGACUACAGUGGAUGCUUAUAUUCCUAUUCAUGCUACUCAGGAAGAUCGGGAAAAAAUAUAUGCUAUUCUUAAUGUAGUUACAUCUUCACAAGAUGAUGAUGAUAUUGGAAGUGAACAUAUUUACACUACUGAAACACUAGAAUAUCAAUUACAGAAUGUUCUACACUUUGAAGAUAAUGAAUUGUCUGGAUUAAUUGAUUGGUGGAGAAAAUCACAUUCAAGGAUUUAUGGCUAUUACCAAUUAUCUGCUCAAGCUUAUUUUAAAUUUCUACAAUUGUGUGACAAUCAUCAGGAGAAGUCUAUUGCUGCUACAUUGAGAUUAUUACGUCUUACUGUUAAACAUGCUCUUGAACUCCAGGGUUCAUUAGAAGAAGGCUUGAGCAAUACUCCAACUCAGCCAUGGCGUUCUAUUAUACCACAAUUAUUUUCUAGACUUUCUCAUCCUGAACCUUAUGUUAGACGUACUGUAUCUGAACUACUUUGUCGAUUGGCUAUUGAUGUGCCACAUUUGAUUACAUUCCCAGCAGUUGUUGGAUCUGAUACAGGUCUUAGGACUAUAAAUGAGAUGCCUUCUUCUAGUUUGUUGAAAUCCAGUAAAGAGAUAGGAGACGAAACAAUUUCUGUUCGUGAUGAAUUUGAUAGUACUGAAGAAGAUGAUGAUGAAUUAAAAAUUGGACAAGAUGAACAGGCUAUGGUUUUAGAAGACUGUUUCCAUUCAAUGGUCAAUACUUUAUCAAAACAGGCUGGUGAAAUGAUUUCUGAAGUAAGAGUUUUAGUUUCUGAACUGAGAAGAAUUACAUUAUUAUGGGAUGAAUUAUGGCUGGGUACUUUAGUGCAGAGACAAGCUGACAUUAGUAGACGUAUUAAUCAGUUAGAAGCUGAAUUGAACAAAACUGAAAAUCAUCCGCAUCUCACAGAUGUUGAAAAAGAACACAUCGCUGUAGAAAAAUAUACCAUGUUACUUAGACCGAUUCUUUUUAUAUUUGAACAACUACAUGCAAUUACUUCAGUGAAAGCUGAAACUCCUCAUGAAGAAUGGUUUCAAGAAAAAUUUGGAUCAUAUAUUAGUCAUAUGUUAGAUAAGCUACGAAGACCUACCGAAUCAAUGAAUAUCAAUGUACAAGAAGUAUGGAAAUCAAUUAAAAAUUUGCAAAGUAAUCUUCAAUCCCGUAUAAGUAAAAGAGGAUCGUAUUCUUUAAAAAUGGAAACAAUUAGUCCAGUUCUUGCCAAUCUUAGAGAUACAAAAAUUGCCAUGCCUGGUGUAGAACGAGUUGUAACUGUUGCUUCUAUUCAUAAUAAUGUGGCUAUUUUGCCAACAUUUACUAAACCUAAGAAAUUAAUAUUUUAUGGAUCUGAUGGCAAAGUAUACACAUACUUGUUUAAAGGAUUAGAAGAUCUUCAUUUGGAUGAACGAAUAAUGCAACUUUUGUGUAUAACUAACACAUUAUUUAGUGGAUCUUCUGAUCAUUAUAGGGCUCACCAUUAUCCUGUUAUACCAUUAGGACCCAGAUCUGGUUUAAUAUCUUGGGUUGAUGGUGUUGUGCCUAUAUUUAUGUUAUACAAGAGAUGGCAACAAAGACAGGCUUCUAACAAUGAUGGUGUAAUUAUGCGUCCUUCGGAAUUGUUUAAUUCUAAAUUAAUACCUCUGUUGAAGGAUAAAGGAAUUACCAAUAUUGAAAAUAGAAAAGAGUGGCCAUUGAAUAUCUUAAAAGAAGUAUUAAUGAUUUUGAUGAAUGAAACUCCCAAAAAUUUACUUUCUAAUGAGCUAUGGACCCAAAGUAUUGAUUCUGGUUCUUGGUGGCAAUCUACAUCAUUAUAUGCAACAUCAUUGGCUGUUAUGUCUGUUAUUGGGUAUAUUAUAGGCCUAGGUGAUAGGCAUUUGGAUAAUGUACUUGUUAAUUUACAAACUGGAGAGGUAGUACAUAUUGAUUAUAAUGUUUGUUUUGAAAAAGGCAAAACAUUGCGCGUACCAGAGAAAGUUCCUUUUAGGCUUACUCCAAAUUUAAAAGAAGCACUUGGAGUUACUGGAAUUGAGGGUAAAUUCCGUUUAACAUGUGAACAAGUAAUGAAAGUAUUGAGGAAAAAUAAAGAAACAUUGUUAACAUUGUUAGAAGCUUUUGUUUAUGAUCCUCUUAUUGACUGGACUCCUGGCAAUGAAACUGGAUACACAGGUGCUGUUUAUGGAGGAGGUCGAACGCUUUUAAUAGAAAACCGGUUAAAUAGAAAACAACUAGAAAAAGAAAUAACAUUAGCUAUGCUUCAUGUUCGCAUUACAGAAGCUAAAUAUGAAUGGUUAAACAAUAGAGAUUGUAUGUUGGAGUCAUUGACCAAUAUUAUGGGAAGAUUAAAUAGUUAUUUGUUGGAAAAAGAAAAAUUACAAAAAAUGGAAGAAGGUUUAGCAGAAAGUCAUCAAUUAAUGGCAUUGGUUAAAGAAGCAGAAGCAUCACCGGCAGGUCAACAUCCAUUGUAUAAAUUACCAGAACGAUACUUUGCAUUACAACAAACACAAAAUAUGAUGAUUGGUGCAACAAUGUCUUUAAGACAAAAAAUUGAAGACUGUGACUCACGGCUAUCACAGUAUGAAAUGGCUGUUCGUUUUCUUGGAAGUAGUCAAAUUCGCAUACUAAUUGACAAGGAAGAAUCUAGAUCAAUUCAAGCUUUUAACAAUCUUUUGUUAGAGAAUGUCAAAGAAUUUUUACAAAAUGCUGGUCAACCUAUUUUGAUUGAACAAUGUACACAAUCAAAUGAUGAUUUAACCGUUUUGUGUCACCAGAGAAGCAAACUGCUUACUUUAUGUUUGAGAUUGCUUUAUGAUAUACAAUGUUUAAUGAAUCUUUUCCCAAUAUCACACAUACGUAAUCAUCGGCUGACAUACUAUAGACAGUGGUUACAAUUAUUAAUAGAUUGCCCAACUACAUCAAUGUGUGAACAAAUUAAAGAAGAACAUAAAAUGUUAUACUUGGGCGUUCCUAAUGCUGAGCCCCCAACACCACAAACAUUAGCUUAUAAUAUGCAAUUACAGAAAGCAGCUUUAGAAACUAGUCGGCGUACUGCUAAAAUUUUAGACCGAAUUAGAUUAAUUGACACAGAAAACGAAGUAACGUGUUCAUUAUUAAAUAAUGAUAAUUCUAUGAUUAAAAUAAAUGAAAACUCAAAUGAAGGCUUAGAAUUUGUCAUUGCCACUGGUUUAUGCGCCAUUAAUAAAAAAUUUUUAAUGAUGGAAACUUCAACUUCAAAUGCAGGUACACAGCUGCUAGAUAUGACUUCCAAAGAUGGAGAAUGGAUUUUGGUUGAUAUGUAUAUGAUAACUACUAUUGCUGUUAGAAUGGUGUCAUCAGUUUUAACUAAUAAUGAUAAAAUUGAAUCGGAUACUGACUUGGCCUAUGCUUUUAAUUGCUUACGUGCCGUACAAAAUCUUUACUGUAGUUUACAGAAAAUUAACUACAACUUUUUGGAUAUUAUCAUGCCCGAAACUAUAAAAAAAUUAUGUGUUGAAGAACCAAGUACAAUAGCUAUAAUCACAGAACUAAAUAAUGUUAUAAAUAAUUGCUCAUUAAGUUUCAAUGAUUUAAUUGAACAACUCAACAUUCAUCUUAGACAUGUGAUUAUGGGAAUGAAGUCUCCAAAUGAAGGUUGUCAAGCCAUUGUACUAGAGGUACGAAAACAAUUUGCUGAAUUGAUAAAGAAACCUGAGAAUGUGAUAUUAUCUCAAGGUGAAAUGCUUUUAAUUGGAUUUUAUGGUCUUUUUGAAGAUGUUUCCUUGGCCAAUGAAAAUUUUAUCAAAAUGUCAUCCAAACUCAAAGUUUCUACAGCUUGGAAAACUGUUGAUCAAAUAAGAGAAGCAAAAUCUUUACUUGGAGCUGUUAUGGAUGAAGGACCUUGUAGUAUAUUAGAUGAUAUAAUGUUUUUGAAAUCUCUUCUAACUAUGAAAGAAGUUUUUAACAUGUGCGCUGAAAUAGCAAUUAACUUUGGUGGAAGAAAUAUUCAAGGGCUUAGUGGUUCUCACUAUAAUGAAGACAUGAUAUCCAAACCUGUGAGAUGUUUUGUUGCUGAUUAUUUAACCAAACGAUUAUUAGGACUCUUUUCUCAUACAGUGGCUGUUAAUGUUUGCUUUUUAUUACAACACACUGGGUUUAAUAUUAAUGCUGAGCUGGAAAAGAGAGAUAUUGGGGCAGAUAGUAAAGUUCCAUUAGAGGAACUCUGCAAGAAAUGCAUGGCAGAAGGUAUUAAAGUUGGUAAAUUCAAUCGUGGACAAUCAAUGGAUUUAUCGUCUUCUUUAACAAAAUUAGAAGAAAUCUGGAGAAAAAAUGAACUUCAUGCUCAUUUGACAAAAAGAGCUCAUCAAUCAGACAUUGCUGCUCAAAGAUUAGCUAUACAAUAUGCAGCCCAUUGUUGGCUUCAUGCUAUCCCAGCUGCUGGUCAUUUAGACAAUUUACUCAUUCCUGAUCGGACUACAAUUUUAAUGGAAUUGAAUAAUAUAUUGUCACCAUUGGCAGUUUUGCAGUCUCAAAUCAAUGAACAUAUGGAACACAGAAGUUCAUUAACAUCUAGUGUUGAACAACGUUUAAAAUGGGCUUCUGGUGCAAAUCCAACUGUCGUAGAGAUGGCUAAUCAUUUUGAAGAGAGAAUGAAACAUGAAAAACUUAUGAUUGACACUAAUCAAAACUUAUGCAAUUCUAUACUUACAGUAGUUAGCUCUCUGUUGCAAACAGAAUCACUAUUUACUCGUACUUCAGAAGCUAUUUCUGCAGAUAUUUCAUUUUUACAAUUGGUAGAAGAUUAUCAAAAAGCAUGUUACAUGGCUUCUAAUAUUGGUAUAUCAAUAACACCAGAAGAAGAAACUCUUAUUAAAGUGGUCCCUAUUCCUCAGGGACCUAUUGAGUGGACUUGGCUAAACAAUACUGUUAGAAUUAUUUCAGAUAAUGUCCAACAAUUAAUUGCUGCUCAAGAACCACUCAGAUCUGAAAUUGCUUGUAUACAAAAUUCCAUUAAAGAACAAUUAGGUGUUCUUAAAUCCACUCUGUCAUCACAUAAUAAAAUAAUAUCUGAUGUUCGAUUAUUACUGAAGUCACUAAUUAAAAUUGACAAUAUUGGUACAGCUAGUAUAAAUUAUGUCACAAAAUAUUACUCUUAUUUGGACUAUUUAGUAUCAUUAAUCGAUCAAUUAUCUGCAAUUAAUGAACCAACUAUUCAUCAAGUAAACAUUUUACUUGAAUCUAUGCAGUCACUUCAUAAAAAAACAUCUCCAAUAUAUGAUGAUUUAUUAACAAUCUUGGGCGAAAAAGGGUUAAUUAUUAAACAACAUAAACGUCCACCUUUGGUACGUCAAGAUAGUAUUUGUUUAUCACCAAGAAAAGGAUUACCUAGAGAUCCUCAUACAGGAAAAGCUGUUCAAAAAUGCAAUGCAUAUGCUGUAAGUGUUUGGAGACGUGUAAGAAUGAAACUAGAAGGUAGAGAUCCUGAUCCUGGCCGUAGAUCGACUGUUACUGAACAGGUGAAUUGGGUAAUAAAUGAAGCCACAAAUCCAGACAACUUGGCACUGCUGUAUGAAGGCUGGACACCGUGGGUGUGAAUAACCAAUGUUUAAGGCACUUGAUAGUGUCUUUUGGGAUUGAAAACCUUAAAUACUUUUACUACGACAAACAGAAUUAUUGACGGUGCAUAACCCUAUGAGGUUUUAUGAACAAAAAUACACAGUUCGGUUAGCAGUGUGUUUGUCAUUUAUAAAUUACCAAUAAAAAUUUUAAUAAAAUUAAUAAUAAUAAUAUUAAAAAAAAAAAAAAAAAAAAAAAAC